GUCGACUUUGAAGACGCCCAGGGUUUUCGAAGAGGAAGUCCUUGUGGGUUGUUGUUCCGUGUUUUUUUUCCCCACUGUGCUGUCAAUCUGACAGGUUUUUCGGUGCCAUAUCUAGAUAUUAAUUACAUUUUAUAACAGACCUGAUUUCACAAUCGAAGUUCAGCCUAAAUUGUAGCAUAGCGAUAAUGAGUGACCGUUUAGUUCCGUUUAGAACUAACAAUAAGUUUAGUAUUAUCAUCUGGAAUUGAAGUGAAAACAAGAGAUAACUACGUGGGCAAAAACUAUCUGUGGUCAAAAUGAGUGGCGAAGGAUUUGACAUGUGCCAGUAUAUGUGGGACUCUGAGGCUGUUAUGCGUCGUCUUCUAUCCAUUCUUCGACAGAGACAGGCAUAUUGUACUGACACUGAAUGCUUGAAUGAUGCUGCACUACCUGGACCAGGAGCAGCUCCAGCUUCCUCAGAUUUCUUAUUGAUGUGCCUAGUAUUUGGGUUUAUAGCCCUAAUGCUUGCACUCAGGCCAAGAUCGCUUCGGGGAGGAUCUGGCGACAAUGAUACAAAGAGGCAUGAUCACGGAGCUGGGCCGCAAGGGGAUCCCCCGAUGCCACCGCCUUCGACUGAAUAGAGGAGCCAACUUGUUCCAGAGAUUUCUUUACAGCUGGAACUUGCUGAACAUCAAAGUACGGAAUAAAGUAAUUUAUUAUUGCUUAUUUUUCCAUUAAUUAAUAUUAUACAGAUAUUUGAGAAAAAUCUAAUUUGACAAUAAGGCGAUCCAGGUGGACCAGAAUUAGGAUAUUAACUAAAAACGUGUGAUACAUGACUUUGCUUUAGAAGAAUGAACACCUGAUCUAAGAGUACAGGUGAUUUUGGUCCCUGAUUAAUCUGAAUCUAAUCAGAAACUAAAUGCGCAACUGAAAAAGUAGUACAAAGAAAUUAUAAGAAACAAAAAGAAGAAAUGUAUUACCAAGUCCAUACCUUCUUUCGAUUCUCAUGUGACACAAAAUUAUAAUCAACGUAUCUAAGGUAUGUUAUCUAUUUAUAUAUAUAUGAGCGAAAUCUCAACUGCUAAAAUGCACAAUUGACAAUAUAUGUUGAAAUAUCUUUGCUAGCACGCAGACAAUUCGCACCAGAUUGCAAUACGGCUUACUUCAUUAACAAAAUCAUGUUAGUUAGAAGAACUUCAUUUGAAAUUCUGCGUUUUCAUACAAUUUCUGAAUAGAGAAAGAAUAAAAUACCACUUAGUUGAAUAAAGUAUUUUAUCAGCUAUAAUGUGAAUAAAAAAAAAAAUUAUUAUUUAUAAAUAUCUUAACAAAGCUGGAACAUAGAUCUGAGUCGGCGUAGAGAAUCCAGAGCAUCUUGCGCCAGCACAAACAUUUUGUAUUGAAAUUUAUUCUAAAAUUGUACAUUCCUGCAAGGUUUCUAUACAAUAAAAAAUGAAAUUUU